AUGAUAAAUUUUGGCCUUGUGGGCAUUGACAUAAUCGAAAAAUAUUUAUUUCCUGAAACUAUUCCAACAAAGAUAAGAAGUGUCUCACUACAUAUUUAUGAGCAGAAUAAAACCAUCUUUGACAGUCGAUUAAACUUUAUAAGGUUAAUUUGGAAUGACAAUGAACCAAUUGGAGAGUUCGCCAAUAAGAUCAAAAUAACUACAAAAGCAUGUUAUUUUACGCAGACAAAAGUUGGCGGCCGGUUAAGAGUUCAGUUGGUUGCGUGUAUAGAUCUGCUGGGUUUCGAAAUUGAACUUGGGGCUAAAUAUCCGUUAGCAUUGGAUAGGAACAAAAAACCCCUGACGUUUCAUUUAAUACUUUUGGCGUUUUUUGGAUCUAUUGGUUUGACAUUUAUAAUACUUGCCUGUGCUUUGCAGCAAUUUAACAAUUGGUAUCCUUUAUUUGUCUUAUUAUUUCACACCUUAACUUUCUUGUUAUAUAUAUUAACACAACGCAAUUCUGAUGAUUUAUUUACUGGAUCUGGAACAUCAAAUAUAUUCCAUGAAGUUUGCUGGUUUUUGCUAGCAGGCUCUAUUGUUUCAUCAUUUGCAUUACCUCUUGUGUUAGCUGGAUCCCCUAUUCUUAACCCUGUGAUAAAAUGGGGCGCUUGUGGUCUUACACUUGUUGGAAAUAUCCUUAUAUUUUUCACAAUUUUUGCCUAUUUUAAAGUAUUUGGCAAUGAAGAUUUCAAUUAUUUGGCUUGGUGAGGAUAUGCUGAGAAUGAUAUUUAAAUGACUUGUAAUUUAGCAUUUUUUUUAUAGUCAAAUAUUUUUUAAUGUCAUUUUUAGAUAAUAUUUUUUACCAAUUUUUUGUAAAAAAACGAUUUUAGAUAUUAUUACAGCAUUGUGCAUGCAUUCUUCCUGACUAUAUUUUCAUGUAAUAAAUUCUCAUAAAUGCUU